AUGGGCCCCGGCACCGGCACCGCCACCGACACGGUGACACGAUUUUCCGGAAUAAUCCAGACCUUGAGCAAAGGGCGGGCGGGGGUGGAUUUCGGGGGUGCGGGGGACGUGGGGGUGGUCGGCGAGAUCGAUCGCCGAGCCAGGCCUUGCCGCCGUCUGUUCCGUCUGCAGGGAAACUUUCAAGUGCCAGACACCGCCUUAUAUGGUCCAUGUCAAUUGUACGCGGCCUCUGUGUCUAUCGUUGAUAUGUACUCAUUUAUUAUUUGUGAAAGU